AUGGUUGAAGCUGCUCCACCUCCUUAUCCGGGCGAAAAUAAACAAAUGCCCCAACAACAACAAGCUUACGUACAGCCGGGACAGCCACAAGGAGCACCCUAUCCUGGAGCCGCAUACCCUCCAUAUCAGCCACAGCCUGCCUAUCCUGCCCAGGUUCAUUACACGACCUAUCCACAGGCAUAUCCACAAACAACAAUCUACACAACUCAACCGCAAACUGUUAUUGUCGACGACUGCCACCACCACCAUCGUCGUCGUCAUCGAGAAGAGGACUCUGCGGCCAACGCGUGUUGUGCAGCUGCUGUAUUGGCCUGCCUAUGCGCACUUUGCAUACGAUAA